GAAGUCUCGCAUCUGUAAGCGUCGGGUUAACAUCAUGAUAGGAACUGUUUGUAGAUAUUUUUCUGUUCUACUUGUUAUUUAUUGUUUAAUUUGGGAAUCUAUAAGUGGUGAAAAGAUAAUAAUAGACACAGAUGCCGGGGGCGAUGACGCCGUUGCCAUCCUCAUGAUGUUGAGAUCCGAGGCUUUCAAAUCUAAUGUUUCAAAGUUGAAUGAAAUUAUUGGUAUUACCUGUACGUAUGGUAAUACAAAGUUAGAAAACGUAGAAAUCAACGUAUUGAAAAUAUUGACCAUUGCUGGAAGAGACGACAUACCAGUUUACAGUGGUGCGCAUAGUGGCAUCAUAGAAAAAUUCUCAAGUGACAACGUUUAUGGUAAAGAUGGAUUCGGCGAUGCUGAAUUCAAUCAUGAAAUAAUAGGAACGAUUGAUCGAUCUAAACAUGCGGCUGUCGCCAUCGUCGAUAUUGUUAAAGCAAACUCAGGGAACGUAAGCAUAAUCGCGCUAGGGCCAUUGACAAACCUCGCAAUAGCCAUGACUUUGGAAAAAAAUUUGUCAAAUCAUGUCAAUCGCUUUUACAUCAUGGGUGGAAGUGUCGCGGGCAUUGGAAAUAUCAGACCUAACGUUGAAUUCAAUUUCGCUGCCGAUCCGGUGAGCAAUUUUGUGGUUUUCAAUGCGACCAGAGAAAACCAAAUUAUGCUUCUUCCCUGGGAAACUGCAAUAGAUACUGAUUUAACAAAGGAGUGGAGACAAGAAGUUUUUGCAAAAUACGACUCGCCCUACGUCGAAUUCUUAAACAAAGUCGAAAAUGUGAGCCUGACAAACACAAGGAGAUCCCAAUGGGUCAUAGCGGACGCAAUGACGGCAGCUUGUUUUAUCGAACCGAAUCUAGUAAUAACCCAUGUCGUGAAGAAUGUCGAUCCUGUGACAUUUGGCGAAGCUAAAGGAUCAGUGUUAGUGGACUAUGCCGAACGCACGAGCAAGGUGCGAAAUACCAAACUUAUACAGAAGAUAAAUAAGACGCUAUUCAAAGAGAUACUGAUUCGAUAUUUGACCUGUGGAGAACUACCCUGUGAAAUGUAAAAGUAAUAUCGUUAUAAUUAAUGAAAUAAACAAUGGCAAACCUCAAA